AUGUCCGGCAGAGGGUCACGCAAGCCUUCGACGCGGGGGCGGGCCCCGUCCACGCGACCACUUAGGCGCGCCACGCCAGGUUCUCGUGUCGCCUCUGGGGACCCCGUAAAUGUUCCCGAGGAUACUUCCGAUGUGCAGGCUGAACGUAACCUUCCAAGUCGCGAGAGGCCUCAGCUUGCCACGUCAGCGGGGGAGCUCGCGGGGAGGAAGCCACAACCUGUUCCCCGCAGACGUUUUGCGAUUCCCAUGGAGGAUGAAGAGUCCGAGGUAGAGGCAACACCGAAGGACCACCCUGUUCGACGAUUCAACAUCCCAAUGGAGGAAGAGACACCCUCGGCAUUUCGGGAGACAUCCGGCACAACCAAGGGAAAGACGGUUGCCCGUGCGAUCCCCGACUUGGGAUCGGAAGCUCAUCACCACUUCCGAUUCAAGAUCCCGAUGGGUGACGAGGACGAGACACACCCAGCGGAAGAGGACUCUACCUCGAGGGCGGCAGGUAAUGCCGUGCAGGUGAAAAAGAAGUCUGUACGGGCCGAAAGUAUGCCGGCCCCGUCGAAUUCCUCGACUGUCGCGGCCCAACCGCCAAGGCAGGCCAGGAUUAAGGUUCGCGGGAGAUUUGCAAUCCCGAUGGACGACACAGAAGAGAAUGAUCCUGACGUUCACCGGGAAAUGUCUAUCAUACACCCUGCCGACACUAGCGGCAUGGCGGGGAACGAGCCAGAGUCCGGCCUUCGAAUUGGGGCCAUUCCUAUGGAAACCGAUGAGGCAGAUGACAGUACAACAAGCGCUACUCCAGGGCAAAGUGAGCCCACUCGUGACUCUGGCGUGCUGCACGACGGGCGCAAACCAGCAGCCGCCAUCAUGCAUAUACGCCGCGAAUCAGAGGUCGAGGUGCAGGCCACGAUAUCGAACGCGCCAGGGUCACCCCCCGGCUGGAGGGCUCUACCAGCACCCACGCCCCUGGUACCUCGGCACAGUCGGCGCCAAUUUGUAGAACCUCCCCCACCACAAGCGUCCACCGGAGCGGAAGGAUGGACCACUGCGGGGGCUUCACGGCCGCCGCAUGCGAGUUCUCAUAUCUCGCGCACGUACACUGGGGGACAAGCGGCGAGUGCGAAUGAAGUACCCGGCCUAGGUGAGAGAACAGGGCAAUCGUCUUCGUCCGCUAUGCCCGACGGGCUGGGGGACCCAUUUCAAGGCCACGAUGUAAACCCAUCGGGACAGCCGGCGAAUAUUACUUACGCUCUGCAACAGAACAUAGACAACGGUGCGGCGUUGACGGCUGCAACAGCGACGAGGGUCUUGGAGUUAACGGCCGAGCGCGGAAUCAUACUCGCUCGUUUGGAGGCCCUCGGAGCACUUCAGAACGCAAACAUCAACAACAUGGAGGCAGUGGGAUGGAUUCGUGGGUGGUACCGCUUGCGUUCGCAUACGGAGCGCGUGGAGGAGUAG